GAGACUUGGUUGUGUAGCUGAAGGUUUGUUUCCGGUUACAUCAGCUUGUAUGUGGAAAUGGACUAAUCUGACUCUUAGUAAAAAAACUGAUGCAUUCUGUUUGGAAGGACAUAUGAGUGUUGACAGAAAAGUUUUGAGGUGAGGUGAUGUGAAAUAGGGUUAAAUGUCGCGUUAAAUACACGAUUGUCCAUUUUUCCGCCAUCUUACCGGAAAUAAAAAACGUCGACGAUGCGCGCGCCGAUUUCGACAAGGACCUCACAUAUCACUGUUGUCCCUGCGUCAUUCAGCAUCACUAUCGUCUCCGCUUUCUUCGCUACUGGACGUAUUUACGAGCUUUACCGACUACGUAUUUGUACACCAUGGCAGAUUUGAGCGAUAUGAGUCUGGAGAAAUUUCUUUUGUGGACUGUCACAUCGUUGAAAGCAUUCCUUUCGUUGCGGAAAAAGUCGGUUGAGGGCAACCAUGAUGAACUUGUAGCAAGGUCUUUCAUCGCCUGGGAGGAGAAAACUCCAGUGAACAUUGAUGCUGAGCAUGAAGAGAGGAAGCUACUUUCUGAAUACAAGGAGAAGCUCCUAGUGGAUGGACAGGUUCUUCAAGAUCCUUUUUCCUUGGAUGUUGGAUGGAUUAGGGAAGAGGAAGGAAUCAACAUGUGGCCGUCAGUGUACAUUACAGAUAUAGCCAGUUACUUGAAUGAGAGAACUCCAGAGGACCUUGUAAGACAGAUCAUCAAUGAAUACAAAGUUGGUAAAGCUUAUAGGUAUUAUUCAUGUGACUGGGUGAAAGAGAUUUUGUACCACAACAUAAGGGACAACAGUUCAUUGUGUCUACUGAAAGCAAAAGUCAUGCCAUCAAUGUCCCUGAAUUCACCUGCAUAUGCUGUCUGGGCUGCCAUUGCAAAGGAGUCUGGAACUCAAGCUGGUGGAAGGGUCCUCAGUGCAUACUGUACAUGCACUGCAGGUAUGUUGGGUUCAUGCAACCACAUUUCCGGACUUCUGUUUCGUGUUGAAGCAGCCGUCGUAACUGGCGCAACAGAUAAGACGUGUACAGACAAGCAAUGUGAAUGGACCAUUCCCAAACAGAGAGUGUCCCUCAACCCUGUGCCUGCUGUCGACCUUUCAUGGACGAAGGACCAUUUUUACAAACAUGGCAAGACAACAAAACGUCCUGUGAUAAACAAGACAAGCUUCACCCCAUUGAGCAGGAAACAACAAGAUCUUGUCAAGGACAAAGUCCAGAUCCGAAACAAGCUGUCGGCAAUUGCAGGAAGAUGUGCACCAGAAGCUCGGUUCCAUAAGAUGAUGAAAAAAGAAGCCCCAGCUCCAUUGCCUGUAUGCGUUCCAAGCUUGCCUGCCAUGGUAGAUCAGUUUUGUGCCACAACACCAGAAACAUCAAAUAAGACCCCUGAAGCAUUCAUCAAACAACUUAGUUCUUCUGUUGCUCAAUGUAACCAACUAACAUCGGCUACAGAGAAUCAGGGAGGUGUUGAGUGGAAGAUGCAGAGGAAGGGUCGAAUAACAGCAAGCAAUUUCCGGCGCGUCUACACCAGGAUGGAGACCCUUGACAGGGACGAUUCUGCCGACCGAUCAGCACUGAUUAAUCAUGUCAUGGGAUACAGUGAGAGCGUACAAACAAUCGACAUGAAACAUGGUGUUUCCUGUGAGCCCCAUGCAAAGUUGCGAUAUGCAAAAGUAAUGAAAAAGAUCCACAAGAAAUUUAAGUCAUCCGACUCUGGGAUUGUUGUUUUACCCAACAAGCCAUAUAUUUCAGCAAGCCCUGAUUUAAUAAUCGAUUGUGAAUGCUGCGGUAAGGGACUUUGUGAAAUUAAAUGCCCAGCAACCAUCAAAUCCGAAAUACCCUCAGUUGACAAUGUGAACUUUAUAGAAAUAAAUGAUGGGGAUCUAUGUAUUAAGACAACAGAUAGAUAUUAUGCUCAGAUACAGGGUCAGAUGGGAAUUCUCAAUAGGAUGUACUGUGACAUAUUUAUAUUUACAUUUCAUGGACAUUUGUGUGUCAGAGUACCAUUUGACAAAUUGUAUUGGACAGAUAUGCUUGCGAAAAUGGAUAAAUUCUGGUUGAAGUUUGUAUUGCCAGCAUUGUUUUCUAAAGAUGUGAAAGGUGCUUUGGCUGUGACAGUACCCAUAUCUAUGACACCAAAAAGCAAAAAUGACACUGUGGUGCUCCUGAAUGUUGCAGCAAGGGGAACCAGCUCCAAGAGAAAACAGAAGAGGGUUGAUGGUGCAAGUCAGGCAAAGAGGGCAAAACGUGCAGUAAGGGCGCCACUGUUUCUCUGUCCUGUCUGUGGACAGCAGUGCAUCGACGAGCCAUCCAGUCGACUUGAGGAGUCCAUCCAGUGCAGUUGUUGCAAUAUGUGGUGCCAUUUAAGAUGUGGUGGUGUUGUAGAUGUGCCAGAGGAUGAUGAUUCCUGGUUUUGCCCAAAGUGUAUGACUUAAACAUGACAUUGUGAAUUUGUAUUAAUUGCAUUGUUUGCAUUGUAGUUUGUGCUAUACUAUCAGUUAAGGGGUAUAUUCAAUAUCUGUUAAUACUCAAUAGGUUGAUUUGUUUAAACUUGCAUUAACUUUACAUGUUUGUUUGCAUGUGACCACGAUGAUUGAAUUGAAACAUCACAGUCAUUGUAAUAAAGAAGUUGUACAGGUACCGGUGUAACAGU